AUGGUGGACCGCUUGGAUUGCGCGGGCCUCUACAUCGAUGACCGAGUGCGGUCGGAGAGAUGGGUGCGCAGAAAUUCCAUCGAUGAAUUAACGAUAUCGUCCGCAGGUUCCUUCGCAACCCCCGAAGAGCCGGAGGCCCUGCAGGCCGAUGUGGAGCAGCUAUUACAAGUGUGCAACCAAAUCUAUCUUUGUCACAACGGUUCCUCCUUUGCCACAAAGCUGGCCGAGCUCAGCGACCGGGCGGGUAGCGAGUGUAACCCAAUUUUCGCCUUCUUCGAGGUGGACUUUAGCGGCGAAGAGUCGAACCUAGCUCGUCGAAAAGCCAGUCGCGGCUCGUGGACUGACAAUGCUCCUCCGUCACCGGGUUCCAUUCACCGUACUUUCACAUUUUCAACACAGUCCGACGAAGCACGGGGCCUGUCACUUCUAUCAGGUGUCUCGAACGAUAUUCAAGCACAAGAUGGGCCAAAUUUGGUCAUCCCCGUUGCUAUUUUGCGUCUUCCUACUCCCGAUGCCUCCAGCGACAAUGCUGUUACCGGCCCUACUAGUCAACCACAUUCUCAAGGACCUCUCACGAUGGAGCACAAGCAGAUUGCCCGCUGUCUUGAUGCCGGUGCUGUGGAUGUCUUGACCACUCCGCUAGAUCGCUCACGAAUUCAAGGGCUCGUGGUUCAUGCCUACCGGACCCGAAAAGCGGCACAGAGAGAGAUGUCCCGAUUUCUCGCGCGGAGAAAGCAACGGAAGCUCUCUUGGGUUGGUGUGCAUGAUGAGCAGCCAUAUUCUUAUCUAAGAGAAGCCAUGGUUUCAAAGCUCAUGAAAGGAAUUUGUAACCCAGAAGAAGUCAUACAUGAUGAAUUCCAGGAGCAGGAUCUUAACAUUGAUCCUGCGCGUAUCUCUUUUAUCAAAGAGCAGGUAGGUUGCUGGAAGUUCUGUGCCCAUGAGUUCACCGAGGACGAACUGGUUCUUUGCGCUUUUGAGAUAAUACAGCAUGCUUUCACCAUGCCAGGACUGGACACUUGGCGCUUGACCCCUGAUGAAUUGCAAACCUUCCUUCUCGCCUGCCGUGCCGCCUAUAACUCCUUCGUGCUUUACCACAAUUUCCGCCACGCGAUCGAUGUGCUACAAUCCGUCUUUUGUUUCCUGCUACACAUCGGUGCCUUGCCUCCAUAUGAACCCAUUGGCCAAGUUCCUGUCCCCGAAACUCCCAUCACUUCCCUUCUCACGCCAUUCGACGUCCUUACCCUCCUUAUCUCAGCCAUCGGUCAUGACGUUGGCCACCCAGGUGUCAACAAUUUCUUCCUCGUCAAACUCAACGCGCCUCUUGCUCAACUCUACAACGACAAUUCCGUCUUGGAGGCAUUCCACUGCGCCGCCUUUUCCCAGAUUUUGCGUCGACACUGGCCUGCGGCAUUCAAAGACAAUCAGCUGCGAAAGCUCCUUAUCAGCUCUAUUCUUGCCACAGAUAUGGGUGUGCACCAGAAGUUCAUGCAGCGAAUGGGCUCAUUCCAAGAAAAGUUUUACGAAAAUAACCGAUCUGUUGAUGGCUGGAAGCCGCAAGAUGUCGAAAUGUACAAGACCCUCAUUUGUGGAUUAUUGAUCAAAUGUGCCGACAUCAGCAAUGUGGCUCGACCGUGGAGUGUUGCAAAGAAAUGGACGCAAAUUCUGCAAGAGGAAUUCGCCAACCAGGGUGAGAUGGAAAGAGAGGUUGGAAUGGAGACCGCUCUGUUUGGCGGGCCACCGGAAUUAGGCAACACCUACAAAUUGGCUACUAGCCAAAUUGGAUUCAUGUCAAUAUUAGCCCUGCCGCUCUUCGAAGGCAUUUCCGACCUUCUGCCGCAGUUGCAGUUCACUACAGACCAUAUUCUUCGCAACCAAGCACACUGGCAAGAACUUUCUAACGAGGAACUGAAGAAGCAAGGUCUUCAGGUCGAGAAACAGCCUGAGAUCACUAUUUCGCCUCGCUCCCAUAGCCCUGCAACUUCUGAAAAGCUGCCCUUCGCUUCAGGAGAUGGCACAGUGGACAGAGUCAAAUCUCCCAUGAGCUCAGGCUCUAUUGAAUACAACGAAAAUACUAUUGAACCGGUUGUGUCGCCAGACACUCCAGGCCCACAGAUUGAAAUUACUGGAACUGCCCUAGCGCCAGCGGCUGAAUUUGCAUCUCGGAAGUCUUCUGGUGCCAUGCCGGACCUUUCUGAUUUCUCCAUCCCUGGGAUCCCGGAAUCUGCCCGUGAGUCUGUUUCGACACAGCUACAUAGCCCUCUUACAGAAAUAAGUCCGGGUACCGAGGAUCCGGCUGUUCUAGCUGCGGUUUUGUAUGCCAACUCGGCCUUCGGUGGUGGGACUUCAUCAGCAGCAGUGGGGCGUGACCAUGCAUGUGGGGUCGAGAGACCAAGCAGCUCUCGCCAAGGCCUUUCACAUGGCUCUCAACGCGGCUCUCAACGCCAUCAUGCGCACAACAGCUCCUCUGCUCGAACGGGCUCUAAUCGCAAUAGCUGCACACGGACGCAAAGCACCUACAGCAACACCAUGACACCAAUCUCUCCUACAACUAAUGCCUCGAGCUUUUUGGCUGUGGAUAGUGGCGACGAAAAGCGAGUCUCCGGGGACAGUGCCGCGCAAAGUGAUCUCGGAGGACCUGACGACAGUAGCACACGUCCCAGUACAGCGGACGCGUAUCCGUCAGGUGUAUCAGAGCCCGCAGGUGGUUCUAGCCCCAGUCGUCGCUCUAUCCUUGGUCGUGGUAAAACUCGAUCAGAAGAUGGCGCCAGCAAAGACCUUUCCAGGCUGGGAGCCCGUGGAACCCGCAGCCCAGCCCAGUCGACGACUACUGGCGAGAGCCUCAAAAACGAACCCCCACAAGUGGAUGACUCUCAUGGUACCCGCAGACUUCCUAAGCGAAGGAGUCGGCUUCGACUUGCCUUUUGGAAGCGUCGCAACCAUUCGCACGAGGUUCGCGGCGAGACCUGA